GUAUCUUGGUCCGACAUAGGAGGACUAGAAGAUGUCAAGCUGAAAUUGAAGCAAGCAGUCGAAUGGCCUCUCAAACAUCCUGACUCCUUCAUCCGAAUGGGGAUUCAACCUCCAAAAGGCGUGCUGCUUUACGGACCUCCUGGGUGCUCAAAAACAAUGAUAGCAAAAGCUUUGGCUCAUGAAAGUGGUCUCAACUUCUUGGCAGUGAAGGGACCCGAGCUGAUGAAUAAAUAUGUUGGUGAGUCUGAACGAGCAGUGAGAGAGAUCUUUAGGAAAGCUAGAGCGGUAUCUCCUUCAAUUCUUUUCUUUGAUGAAAUAGAUGCCUUGGCAGUUGAAAGGGGAAAUUCUUCAGGUGCUGGAAAUGUAGCAGACCGUGUCUUGGCUCAGUUGUUAACGGAAAUGGAUGGGAUAGAACAGCUGAAGGACGUGACAAUUUUGGCAGCUACAAACAGACCGGACAUGAUAGACAAGGCCUUGCUGAGACCAGGGCGAAUAGACAGAAUUAUCUAUGUGCCAUUGCCAGAUGCAGCCACUCGCGGGGAGAUCUUCAAACUUCAUUUUCAGUCCAUGCCAGUCAGUGAUGAAGUCUGCUUAGCGGAGCUCAUUCAGCACACACACAAGUACUCAGGAGCAGAGGUAAAACUUUCUGAAUGCCUUCUGCCCCCAAAACAAGCAGAACAACAAGAAAACCCAUUGAAAAUAAAUUUGCAGUUUUAAACAAUUUUCCAGAUACCACUUUUUCCAAGUUCAAAUGGAGCUGGCAGAGGAGGCAGCCAGCCGGCGGAGAUCGAUCGCUGACUGUUGCAGGAACAGCUUGACUUUCUGUGCAGCGCGAUAACAGCAGUCUGUAGAGAAGCAGCCCUUCUAGCUCUUCAGGAAGACAUACAUGCCAAAUCUAUCAUGGGACGGCACUUUCGGUACGCACUGACUGUCGUGACUCCAAGGAUUCCCGAGUCGUUAAUCCAGUUUUAUGCAGAUUAUCAGCAGCAAAGUGGACUGCAUGCGCUUUGA